UGCCCAUAGACUGGUAUGGUUAUGUCAGCAAUCAAAUCAAGCAAGUGCAAUGGAGGCAAAAGAAGUCGUCGGCAAGAGCGCGUUGUUAGAAAUGAUCAAGAAAAGAACGCGGCGGAUGUGUAUAAAUUCACCAGCAGCUCACGUGUUCUUUGGUCAAACUCCACCUAUAUAUUUUAAUUUUUGCAUCUCUCUUGUUUCUUUCUGUAUUAUAUCUCUCUCUUUCUUUAACCUUACCAAUACUCUCUUUCUUGAAAACUCAUUAUUGGAACAAGACCUCGACCAUGACUGGCACUGGCAAGGAAAUUCUGCACAAGAUGAAGGUAAAAGCUGGAUUUGGUUCGUCAUCUGAGACUGGGAAAGGCAAAAGCAAACUGUCAAAGCAUAUUACACAUGGUUAUCACUUGGUAAAGGGAAAAUCAAAUCAUGCCAUGGAAGAUUAUGUAGUUUCCAAUUUCAAGCAAGUAAACAACAAUGAGUUGGGUUUAUUUGCAAUAUUUGAUGGUCAUUUGGGUCAUGACAUUGCAAAUUACUUGCAAACUCAUUUGUUUGACAAUAUUUUGAAACAGCACGACUUCUGGACUGAUACAGAGAGUGCAAUAAGGAGAGCUUAUGAUACUACAGAUGCUGAAAUAUUGGAAAAAGCUUUUGUCUUGGGAAAAGGAGGAUCAACUGCUGUUACAGCAAUCCUCAUCAAUGGUCAGAAGUUGGUAGUAGCAAAUGUGGGAGAUUCUCGUGCUGUCAUAUGCAAGAAUGGUG